CCGGGGCUGUCGUCCGCGGCCCCCGCCCCCGCCGGAGGCAGGACGGAGGCACGGGGGGCCGGGGGCGGCCGCAGCCCCGGCCCCGUGAGGAGGCGUCAGGCGCGGGAGCUCCGCUCGCGCCCGAUCCCGGCUCCGUAUAAAUGGGGGGCGGCGGCAGCGACGGCAGCGCUUCGCCCAGACGGAGCCGGAGCCGGCCCGCAGCGCAGGGCGGCUCGGCGGCGACAGCAGCACCGGCGGCGGCGGCAGCGACACCGGCAGCGGCACGAUGGGCGGCGGUGGCCCCCGGCGGCCUGGCGCUCUGCCGCUGCUGGCGCUGGCGCUGCUGGCGGCGCAGGGCGGCGCGGCGCCCCUGCAGCCCGGCGGCUCCUCCGCGCUCACCAAGAUCUACCCCCGCGGCAGCCACUGGGCUGUGGGACAUUUAAUGGGGAAAAAAAGCACUGGAGAUUUUCCUUAUGUUUAUGAAGAAGAAAACAAGACCCCGUUUUCAGCAUUACCUGAAAAUAUCAAGCAGCUGGAAGACUAUCAGCAGUGGGAAGAAAUCUCAAAAUAUUUGCUACGGCUGCUGGAAGGGAAUGAAAAUAAAAGUGCUCACUUUUUAAAAGGAGAGCUUCCCUGGUAUACCAGGAACACCUGGGAGACAGAUGACAGUAGCAGUUGGAAAGAUAUGAUGGACUAUCUGCUUCAAGUUGUGAAUACGAAAGAGAGCAAUCCAAGCUGAAAGGUCUCUAAAUCAUGAAGAAAUGGAAUACUUUCUGUAAGAGACUAUAUUUCACAAGCACUUGAUUGUAUCAGAUAAUCAGCAAGGUCUCUUUUCUGUAAACAAGAUUUCCUUUGUGUAAAAUAUCUAAAUACACAUAUUCUUGUAUGUUUCA